UCUGAAUUGUUUAUGUAUGUUAAUUGGGUGGUCGAUUUUGGGUAAAUUAGAGAAUAAACAUGCGAUUAAAAAACCAGCAACGGCUUGAAUAUCGAGGCAAACUGAUCCUGGCGCCAAUGGUGCGCGUGGGCACACUGCCCAUGCGUCUGCUUGCCCUCGAAAUGGGCGCCGAUAUUGUUUACACCGAAGAGUUAAUUGAUCUUAAAUUGAUCAAAAGCAUUCGCCGGAAAAACCCUGCCUUGGGGACCGUUGACUUUGUGGACCCUUCGGACGGAACAAUUGUAUUUCGCACGUGUUCAUUGGAGACGUCAAAGGUAGUGCUACAAUUGGGAACCAGCAAUCCGGAGCGAGCACUUGCUGUCGGCAAACUGGUGCAGUCGGAUAUUGCCGGUCUGGACAUUAAUAUGGGCUGCCCCAAGGAGUUUUCCAUCAAGGGCGGCAUGGGAGCAGCGCUGCUUGCAGAUCCCACCAAAGCGACAGAUAUACUGCGCACCUUAUGCUCCCAGCUGGACAUACCCGUUACCUGUAAAAUACGUAUACUGCCCGAUCCACUGGAUACCGUGAAGCUGGUUCAGCAAUUGGCAGCAACGGGCAUUUCAGCCAUUGGCAUUCAUGCCCGGACUAGGGAUGAGCGUCCUCAGCAUCGGCCACAUCCGGACGUCUUACGGGCGGUAGCUAGAGCCGUAGACAUACCGAUUAUAGCCAAUGGGGGAUCCCGUGACAUACACACCUAUGAGGAUAUCUAUAAAUUCCAGAGUAUGUGUGGUGCGGAUAGCGUAAUGGUCGCUCGUGCUGCCCAACUGAAUGUGUCCAUAUUUCGCAAAGAAGGUGUCUUGCCAAUGGACACGGUGAUUGAUAAAUAUCUCCGUCUUUGCGUCGAUUAUGACAAUGCCCCGCACAACACCAAGUACUGUGUGCAGAGCAUCCUUAAGGAGUUGCAGGAGACGCCGCGUGGAAAGCGAUUCCUACAGUGUCAGACAUUGCAGCAGAUAUGCGAGAUUUGGAACCUCGGUGAUUAUUGUCGACGCCGGCAGCAAGAGCUCAAACAUCAAGGAAAUAUCGGACGUGCCGGUGUACUGCCUUCCCAGGGUAUGAGCAAACGACCAAAACUCGAUAUCGUCAACAAUUUGAGCUUGGAACAAACUUCGGACAAGUUUGAGGGAGUCAUAACUCGCAAUAUGGCUUUUCUGCGUUCCACAUACGCCAAUGACAAUCAGCUUCCAAAGACGUUGCUUUACGUGCACGCGGGUCGCAUGGGUAAAGAACCUCCGGACUAUGAGACGCAUCAGAAUGACAAGCUUUUCCGGUCCAUUUGUGGCUAUGAUGGACAGCGCUACAGCAGUAGUUUCUGGGAGAAGAACAAGAAACAGGCUGAGCAGGGAGCGGCCUUGGUUGCAUUGUUACAACUCGGACAACUAAGAGAAGAAGCGCUCAGUGACAAUGGAAGCCUAAUUAUUUAGUUAAUAUAUUUGAUUGGUAAUACUCGUAUCAUCUUGUUCAAUGUAUAGGUAUUUGGAUUAUUGACCCAAAAGAAGCUAAUAUUAUAGUUUGGAUGAAAUUCAUUACUUAAUCAAGUUUUGUAAAUCUAUUUUUCUAAAAUAAAGAUUAGUGAUUAAGUUUGUA